GGUAUUCUUGGCUUGAUGAAAAAUGGAAAUGAUUCGAAGGUGUCAGAAUUUGUUCUCCUGGGUCUGUCAUCCUCUUGGGAGCUGCAACUAUUUCUCUUCUCACUAUUUCUGAUGUUUUACAUGGCUAUUGUCCUGAGAAAUCUAUUGAUAGUGGUGACAGUGUGGGCUGAUGCCCAUCUGUUCCAAUCUCCCAUGUACUAUUUUUUGGGCCAUCUCUCCUUCAUUGACUUAUGUCUGAGCUGUGUUACUGUGCCUAAGAUGUUAGGAGAUUUCCUAAGACAGGCCAAAACCAUCUCUUUUUCAGGGUGCCUGGCCCAGAUCUACUUCCUCCACUUUCUGGGAGCCAGUGAGAUGUUUCUGCUGACAGUCAUGGCCUAUGAUAGGUAUGUUGCCACCUGUAAUCCUUUGCACUACGUGACUGCCAUGAACCGCCAGCUAUGCCUUUGGUUGGCUUCUGCUUGCUUGUGUGGUGGCUUCAUCCAUUCCAUCACACAGGUAGUACUGGUCAUCCAGCUGCCCUUCUGUGGUCCCAAUGAACUGGACAACUUCUACUGUGAUGUCCCACAGGUCAUCAAACUGGCCUGCAUGAACAGCUAUGUAGUAGAGGUGCUGAUGGUCUCCAACAGUGGUUUGCUAUCUCUCAUCUGCUUCUUGGUCUUGUUAUUCUCCUAUGCUGUCAUCCUGAUGACCCUGAGGACUUGCUUCUGCCAGGGCCAGAGCAAGGCACUUUCUACCUGUGCCUCUCACCUAACAGUGGUCAGUCUGAUCUUUGUGCCGUGUGUAUUCAUUUACUUGAGACCUUUCUGCAGUUUCUCCGUGGAUAAGGUAUUUGCUAUAUUUUAUACAGUGAUCACACCUGUGUUGAACCCCCUCAUCUACACACUUAGAAAUACUGAUAUGAAAACAGCUAUGCAGAAGCUGAGAAAAAAAGCACAUGGCAUUCUGCUGCUUUGUUGA